AUGAUGAGUGAAUUAAUUCUAAAAAGAGAAAGUUUCUGUCUAAAAUUAAAAAGAAUUGAAUAAGAAAGAAUAUUUAAAGAGAAAAGAUAAACAUUUUAUCCAAAAUAACAUUUAAUAGAACUCUUAAAAAAAAAAGAUUAAGAUUCAAUAAAUAAAUUAAUAUAUAUCAGUGAAGGUUCUAGACAAUAAAUUAUUGAAUUAAUUGAAGUAGGUGGAAUUUAAUAUUUUUUUGAUUUGCUUAAUUCUUCUUAAAAAGAUUUAGCAAUAGUUGGUUUAUCUAAUUUAUAUUCAUAAAAUUCUGUUAAAAUUUCAAGUUAAGAUUUAGUUCUUUUUGAAAUAAUAGAGAAUGAAGUUCAUUAAUAUUAAAAUAUAGAUUAAUUAGUAUAAAGACUAAGAUUUCUUAAUGUUAUAACAUUAUAUUUAGAAGAAGAAUUAGAAAUAAAAGAGAAAUAUUAUAAAAUAUUUUCUUAUUACUAAAAUAAAUAUCCAAAAAUUUUCAAAAUUUAGGAAGAGUGUUUCAAAGGAUUUUUAUCUUUAGUAUCUUUAUAAUAUGUAUAAAAUGAAAUUAUACAAAUAUGUUGUGAUAAUUUUAAUAAAGGUGUUGAUUAAAUUAUUAUUCAAUUACUUUAUUAAAUGAUUGAUGAUAAUGUAGAAUUUAUUACUCUUUUGAAUCAAAGCAUAUUCAUUUAAUAAUGUCCUCAUCAUUUAAAAAUAAAUCAUCGAUAGAAGUACAUAUUAGGUAUUCUUUAUUAUUACUCUUAAUAUUAUGUUGAGAAAAUAAUUAGUAAUAAUGAAUUAGUUGAAUAAAUAUUAGUCAUAUAGAAUACUAAUAGACAUUAAAGAUUAAUUCUUCUUUUACAUUAUUAGAUGUUAUUGAAAUGUCCUAGAGCAUUGUUUAUGAAAAUUUUUAAAGAAUUUGAUGUAAUUAACAAUUUAAAAGUUCUUUUAGAAACAUUUAAAUAUUAGGAAUAAAUUUUAUUAGUGAUUGCUCUUUUAAAAUAAACAAAACAAAAUCUAAUAGAAGAAUUAAUGCCUUAUUUGGAAAACUUAUUUUAAAAAUAAGAAGUAAAUGAGAGAAUUGCUCAAAAAUUAUAAUUAAUCUUAGGGUGA